AUGCCACCAAAAGCAGAUCCAUCAGAAGUUAAAAUCUUGUACUUGAGAUGUUUGGGAGGUGAAGCCGGUGCUACCGCCACCUUGGCUCCAAAGGUCGGUCCUUUGGGUCUCUCUGCCAAGAAGAUUGGUGACGAUAUCGCCAAGCUCUCCAAGGACUGGAAGGGUCUCAAGAUCACCGUCAAAUUGACCAUCCAAAACAGAAAUGCCGAAAUUGAAAUUGUCCCAUCUGCUUCCUCAUUGGUCAUCAAGGCUUUGAAGGAACCACCAAGAGACAGAAAGAAGGUCAAGAACAUUAAACACAACGGUAACUUGUCUAUGGAAGAUGUCAUUGGUAUUGCCAGGACCAUGAAAUCAAAGUCUUAUGCUAAGGAUUUGGCUGGUUGCGUCAAGGAAAUUUUGGGAACAUGCUACUCUGUUGGUUGCACUGUUGCUGGUGAGAAUCCAAAGACUCUUCAAGAACAAAUCACCAAUGGAACCAUUGAAUACAAGAUUCCAGACCAAUAA